GCCAGUUAAAGCGUAGAAGAAGAGGAGCAGGAAGUAGAAGAAGUCCUCCUUACUACGUUACCGCGAAAAGGUCUGGUCUAUACGCAUUUGUAUUCGCUUUUUGUCAAAGAGGUGGUAGCUUCCUGAAAGUCGUGACAGCAUGGCCGCUGCAGAGCAGUGGGAUGAGCACCAGGCGUAUGAGGAGCUGCUGUAUUGGGACGCCCUGAUCCAGGAGGGCCACCGCCUCCUUCCGCACGACUUUGAUAGAUAUGAAGAUCUGCGCUACUGGUAUGACAGCCUGUGCUACGAGGAGGAGCUGAGACGAUACCACGAUUACGUCGCAGCUAUAGAGGAGAUUGAACACCACCCAAGGCACCAUGAGGAGGCUCCAACCCCCCGGGCUCACACAGGGCCAUAUGACCGCCACGUGAUGGCCAAACACUCUGAAGUGUAUCCUUCCCCGGAGGAGCUGGAGGCGGUGCAGACAAUCGUCUCGCGGGUGGAGUGUGCCCUAAAGACUGUGUCUGACAAGAUGGAUAUUCUGAAGGAUAACACAGGAAAUACAAUGAGUGCAAGUGUUGAUUCACAAGAGCGUGUCCUGCGGGGGGUCAUGAGGGUCGGCCUGGUGGCCAAGGGCCUCCUGCUGACCGGAGACAAGGACCUGGAGCUGGUGCUGCUCUGCUCCAACAUGCCCACCGUCACUCUGCUCAAUCAAGUGGCUGAGAAAUUAUCUGAACAGCUAGAGGCAAGUUCAGCUGGGACAUAUACAGUGAGCCAGUGUCCGGAGGAUGCCAGUCUUGUUGUGACGACUACCAAGCAGUCGAUCCUGACGCUCACUAUCCACCUGACUUCACCUCUGGUCAGGACAAAUCAAGAAACUGAAAUUGCAGAAAAAAAAAAUGAAGGAGAAGAAGCUACGCGAACAGACAACGAUCCGCCGGACGUUCUGGACAGGCAGAAAUGCCUUACUGCCUUGGCGUCUCUCCGCCACGCCAAGUGGUUCCAGGCUAAAGUCAACAACCUGGGUUCUGCCAUCCUCGUGGUCAGGAUCAUGAGGGACUUGUGUAACCGCGUUCCUACCUGGACGCCACUGUCGGGAUGGCCUCUGGAGCUGCUAGUAGAAAAAGCUAUAGGAACGUCUGAGAGAACGAUGGGAGCGGGCGAGUCGCUUCGCAGGGUUUUGGAGUGCGUUGCAUCUGGAAUCCUCUUGGAAGGAGGCCCUGGAAUAAAAGAUCCAUGUGAGAAGGACACAGUCGACGCUGCUGCAAAUCUGACUCCGCAGCAGCGGGAAGACAUCACGCAGAGUGCUCAGUUUGCCUUGAGGCUCUGUGCAUUUGGACAAAUGCACAAAGUGUUGGGGAUGGACUUCAAACCUACAAAGCCUCGGAGAAUAGGGGGAGCCGGCAAAGAAGGCACAGCCCAGAUACCGCCCGCUGGACACUUCAGUCUGCCAGCUAAGAGACCCUACACACAGGUAGAGAAAACUGAAGGGGAGCCCCAACUCAACAGCAAGCAGAGGAAGUUUCUGAAGUUCCAGAAGCGCUUUCAGAGGAAAUCAUUUACGGAUGAUUUUAGCAUGAAUGCUGUGAUGCGUCUGAACCAGUACAGACCGGGCCUGGAGUACCGACUCACGUCUCAGACCGGUCCGGUCCACGAGCCGGUCUUCACUAUGGCUGUGGACGUGAACGGGAAGACCUACGAGUCAACGGGACCAUCCAAGCGAGCGGCCAAGCUUAACGUAGCCACCAAGGCCCUGCAGGAUCUCGGCCUUCCGACUGGCGCAGAAUCUAAAGCGGAGCCCAUUGUUGAAGUGGAAGGAACCAAGGAAGUAGUGAAAGCUGCUAGCACGGCCUCUAAUGCAUCGGACGAAAGUGGUCAGGGUCCUAUCUUAACCAAACAUGGGAAGAACCCUGUGAUGGAGCUGAAUGAGAAGCGCCGCAGCCUGAAAUACGAGCUGUCUGCAGAGACAGGGGGCUCCCAUGAAAAGUGCUUUGUCAUGGAGGUGGCGGUUGAUGGAGAGAAGUUCAAAGGGAGAGGCUCUAAUAAGAAGGAGGCAAAGUCGUACGCUGCCCUCGCUGCUCUAGAGAAGCUGUUCCCGGAGGAGUGUGGCGUGUCAAACACGGACAGAAAUGCUCCCAAGAAGAAAGUCACCUACACUGACAUGCACAUCCCGGGGUUCGGCACUAUCCGCGGCAUUCCUUCAGACUCAGGGUCUCGGGGCUGGGGUCCCAACAGAGGUCGAGGCAGGGGCCGAGGAAAGCAGUUUUCCUCAGGACCGAGCUAUAACAAGACUAACUACAGUUAUGAGGGCGGGGCUGGCAGAAGCUAUCAGAAACUGUAUGGGAGCUAUGCAGCCAGCACCACAGCCACAGGCCCUCCCGCAUCAAGCAGCAGUGUUGGCUAUGGCACCUUUUAUCCAGAAGGCAGUAGCACCAGCACAUAUGUCUCCCCGCCCGUCUCCAGCUCCGACACCGGCACCACACAGGGAGAAAGCUACCAGUCCAUGCCUCCACCCGCCGACCAGGAGAGCCCCUACAGCUACGGCUACGGAGACGAGAAGAAGAAAAUGCUGACCCAGAGUCAGACGCAGAACCCGGGGGGAAACUACUCCAUGUACAGCACGGCUUACCCCAGCUCAGUGACGGGCGGACAGAUGUAUAACUCUCACGAUUGGGGGUACCAGUCGUCCUCGGAGAAUCAGAAUCAGAGUUGCAGUUCGUACCAGGGCUCCGGAGGACAGAACCAGAACAACAUGCAUUACUAAUCAUCAGUGUACAACCUUCUCACCUCAGUAUGUCGUGUUUUUGUUGCGUUCUCACAUCAAUAGCUCUUGGGCAUUUGAGUUAUCUUACUUUACUAACCAUAACAAUGGUGAUCUCGCUAAGUGGUCCUACGACGCUGGUUAACAACUCGGUAAAUCAACCCAUGGUUUCUCUGUUCGGCUGAGAGUGCGUUCAAGUAAAAGGGGCGUGGUUAACAACAUUGACCAAUAACAAACCUGCACAAGCGUACAGGCAGCACAGCGUCAUACGUCAAUGAAUGAAGAGUCAUCUGUAAUAUUAGACAAGUAUGAAGAAUUUAAACUGUAUUCCUCCGUGAGUUAAACACAUAAUCCAGGAUAAAGGAGAGACGGCAAAAAACGACUGACUGUUUGAAUGCGUAAAUAAACAGCUUUAUAAUAUCACUGCCCCAUUUAAGACACAAGUGGAUCCGACACUUGAAUGACCUUUGAGUGUUUCGUCAACUGAAUGUGUUUAAAAUAUUUUUUUGUGGAAUAGAAAAGAAGAUAUUAUACGUCCCCACAAAUAAUUAAAAAAAAUAUGUUACUGCAGUAAACAGGCUUAUUUUUAUAUAUUAAAGACAGCUGUGGUUUAUUAAGCGUUCAUCUAAGGGUGUUUACCGAAGGUUUCAUAAUAGGCAGAUCUUUCUGAAGAGGAGCGGGAUAUUCUUUUAAUUUACAUGUUCACACAGUCGGCGUUGUAUUGCCGCCCAUCUUGCCUGCAUAUACUGCAGUUUCCUUCAGCCUGGAAUAUAACUCUAUUGCUUUAAACUCCCCACACAGAGCUCUGAUUGGUCAGCAGGCGGUGCUUACACUCGAAUCUCUUAUCUUGAACAUUACCUGCUCCGGAGCAUAAGUUAACAUGGCGAUUUACCCGGGUAAAUAGUGAACCAGCGUCAUAGGACUGAAAAUACAGAUUUAACCCUGAAGUGACCUCACUGACCCCAAAUCCUCUUCUUAGUACAGGCCUCUGUUAGACCGGUUGUAGGUGACGGAUGCAGGCUCCUCUUCUGAUCAGAAGGUUCCACUCCAACCUCCCUAAUGUCCGUGUUGACAUGAAUGUAAAAGAAACAUACCUGCUCUAUCAUUGUCUUCUCUGUACGGUUAUGUUUUUUCCAUCUAGUUACCUUGUUCUGUAUCAGUAUAUGGUUUUGAUUUCUGCUUGUACUUUUGACCUGAACAUGUCCUUCAGUUUCUUCUUUCUUAAAUAAAUGACUCUUAUUUUGAAAAAUG